AUGUCUCAAGCAGCCUUAGACACCUCCUCGUCGUGGGCCGACGCCGAGAACGAUCUCCCAGCCACACAAGUGACAGAAAAUCCAGACGGAACAAAGACUAUCGUCUCGUACAAAAUCAACGACCAGGGCAAAAAAGUCAAGGUGACACAGAAAGUUAGACUCGUGACAGUGAAGGAAACCGUGGACCCAGCAAUCGCCGCUAGAAGAAAAUGGAGCAGAUUCGGAGAAGAGAAAGAGAACAGAACCGUGGGGCCUGACAAUAAAACCACCCAGUUCGGUGAAGAAGUCCAGCUGAUCUUGGGUACCUCUUGGAAAGAAGACGCACAGAAGGAGGCAGAGGCAAGAAAGAAGGAGAUGGCCCAGAAGAAGCCUCAAACCAUCAUCUGCAGAACUUGUCAAGGAGACCAUUUCACAUCCAAGUGUCCUUACAAGGACACUCUUGGUGCCACCGAUGCUACAUCCGCCACCACGGAACAGCCCGCCACAGCCACUCCUGAUCCGUUGAGCAGUACCGCUCCAGGGCCAGGCGGCGUGAGGUACGUGCCUCCGCACCUGAGAAGGAGAGGAGGCGCUCCAGCUCCUGGAGAAUCCGAGCGCAAGGAGCGUGAUGAUUCUACAACUUUGAGAGUCACCAGUUUGAACGAGCAAGUCGAUGACAUUAUGUUGCGCGAGGUGUUCAACAGAUAUGGUAUUAUAAAGAGAGCCACCGUGCUGAGAGACAGAGAAACGAGAAGAUCCAAGGGUAUUGCGUUUGUGGAAUUCGACAACGUUCUGGACGCACAAAGAGCUUUGGAAGGUCUUAAUGGCAGAGGUUUCAUGAACCUCAUUAUGAAGGUGGACUGGUCCAAGCCAAAGAAGAAUUGA